AUGAUGAAGAACAACCAAUCUGUUACUAGAUCUGCUCCUGAUCGAUCCAAGGACACGGUUACAAAGGACGGCCAAAUGGAGGACAUCGAAAAGAGAAGACCAUCUAUGUCGAGGGAGGAAAGGGGAAAUUUUAAACUUGUGAGGGGCCCAAAACGUCGUGUUGCUGAUAUUGAUCCUGCCAUUGUCAAUGUUCCUGAUCAAGAACGUAGUUGUAUGGAUGUAUCGAUCAAUGGUAUUCCUUGCACGCAAGUGGCGGAUUCUUUAAACGCAUAG